GACAGUAGUGCAUGGUGGAGGUUUUAGCUAGCUUCGGGCUGUUGCACCCAGAUGGCAGUAGUCGCAUGGAAAUGAACCAAGAGAUUCUCAUUUUAUUUUUUGCCCUUUAAUAUUAUUUUACUGCUGUUUUAGUUGCAAUAUAAUUAGGCUUUCUUAGCGAGAAAUUAGCGUCAAAUAGACACUAAUGUCAGUCAGUAGUCAGUUGUCAAUGUCCGACGUCAGGUCACAGUGCGGCUUUCAUAAAAUUGUGGAGUGUUUAGUGGUUUUUCCGGCAUUUUCCGAAUAAAAUCCCUUGAAAAUGAGCAAAGAGCUGAGUUUCGAGGAAAUCAAGCAGCACAACGACCGGCAGAGCACAUGGUUUGUGAUCAACAACGAUGUAUAUGACGUGACUACGUUCCUUAACGAGCACCCCGGUGGAGAGGAAGUGCUGCUGGAGCACGCCGGAAAAAAUGCAACGGAAGCCUUCGAAGAUGUGGGCCAUUCGACUGAUGCUCGCGAAAGAAUGGACGAGUUCAAAGUCGGUACUCUGGUAGCCGCAGAACGGACCGCUGAUAUUCCCAAGAAAAACACCACUGAGUGGUCAGUGCCAGCACCCGAUGCUACUGAAAGCUCUUUGAAGUCCUGGAUCAUUCCCGUCGCUAUAGGAUUAGUCGCAACAGUGGCUUACCGUCUCUAUUUCAUGUCGUAAGCGCUAGCGCCACCCCCAACCACAUUGAAAUUGCAUUUAAGGGUACAUAGGGACGAAACUUAGGAACAUAAACACGUGGCAUUUUCAAUGCCUAAUUCUAAUUAGCGUCGUUUAUUAUUAAUGUAGCCUACUUUUUUAAUUUAUUGUUUGAUUGUUAACACCCCUAUUGGAUAUUAAUCGUCACUCGGUCAGAGGAACGAAAAAAAAAUGACUAACAUGUAUGGGAUCGUCGUAUAAAGUGUAUAUUUUGAAACAAGCUAGAUUAAAGCCACUAUGAGAACCUUCCUAGUGAAACUCCAGAUCAA